CCUCUCUCGAUUUGUGCGUGGGACGGGUCCGAUCAAGGAGCAGUCAUCCUUGCGCAGGGGCCAUGAAUAUCUCCGCUUUUCGCAGACCUAAUCUUAGACAUACGAAGGCCUCCUGCACCUUUCGUUCUCUGUGUCGUUCCAAUUUUGAUUAGUGGCAAGGGAUUUCUCCCCGCCGAAAGACGACUCCUCGGUUUUGUCCCUUAUAUACCGGCCAACCAGAUUGGUGCCCCCUGCAAAAUGCUAAAGCGACGAGAGGCCCACGAGGCGGCACGCCAAACAAGUCAGUAGUGACUGAUACGACGUAUAACGACUCACAAAAACGACGCAUCGAUGGAACCGGCGCGAUCUCCGCAAGAGCCGCCAGUCUAUGUGAGCCCCCAGUCGCGCGAGGAGCAGCAGCUCGUCAAAGAGCUGCAAAACAUUACGGGGCUCGAAGCGCACGUCGCCCAGAGACAGCUGCGCUACCACGAGUGGGAGCUGCAACCGGCGCUGGCGCACUACCUCGACAAGGGCGCCGUCACCGCCGCGACGAGCGGCGCGCACCGCCUCCUCCAGCGCCUCCACCCGAACCGCGACGCGCGGCCGCGUGCCGGCGAGGCCGUCGUCCGCGUCACGGCGGCGACGCCGUCGCGGAUCGCGCCGGACCUCGCGCGCGCCGCGGCGUUCGCGCGCGCGGCGCUCGGCGACGCCUCGCUUGAUAUCGUGGCGGGCUGUGUGGAAAGCGACCAGUGGAGCAUCGCGUCGAUGGCGUGGGGCGUCGAAAGUUUGAUUCCACGCAGGUGUCGGGCGCGAGCCAGGCCGCGCGCCUCCUCUUCUCGGAGACGGGCCUCGCGCCCUACGGCUCGCCGCUCGCGCUGGAGCUGCGGCGCGGCGGCGCGUUCGUCGCCGCGGCGCGCGUCGGGACGGCCGCGGUCAGUGGUCCGUGCGGAAAUCAUUUUUGGUCGUGGGGUCGCGUCGAUGGCGUGGGCGCUGACGCGAGUUUUCACUGGACGCGUCGACGGCGUGGGGAUGGGGCCAUACGCCAUCGAGCAGACACAACACGCAACACACACACAGGUCGCGGUCCACGGCGGCCGCGUCCACGACGUCUUCGAGAUCGAGGCCUUCGCCGUCGCGGCGGGCGAGCGCGGCCGCGGCUACGGCCAGGCGCUCCUCGCGGCGCUGCUGCUGGCGCUCGCGGCGGCGGCGCCGCGGCCCGUCGUCGUCGUCACGCUGCCGCGGCCGCAGACGGAGGGCUUCUGGAAGACCACGCUGCUCGAGUGGUCCCGGGGUUCGGAAGGCGAGCGCGGCGUCUGGCGCGCGCUCGUCGCCGAGGACGGCGCCGUGGAGUUCGCCUACCCCCAGGACGCGGCGACGACGCUGUUCUGGUCCGAGACCGCCGACCGGGCCCUGCGCGCCGUGUCGCCGUGGUUCGUGCGGCUCGCGGCGCGCAAAGCCGAGGUCACGCCGGACCAGCGCGUCGCGGACCUCGAGGCGGCGCUCGCGACGGUCGAGGCCGAGCGCGAGCGCCUCGCGAAGCGCAUCCGCGUCCUCGAGGCGCGGCGGCCGCCCGCGGCGUCGCCGGUGCCGCCGUCGGACGAGGACGAGGCCGGCGCCGGCCCGGCCGCAAUCGCGCGCCAUCUGCCGCCGGUGGCCGCGUGGCCCGCGAACUCGCCGCGGGCGGAGGCGGACGACGACGACGCUGCUCCUGCCGCGGCGGCGUCGUCUCCGGCGGAGGACGCCGCCGCCGCGACCGCGCCGGCGCCUGCGCCCGCACCAGCGCCGGCGCCCCCGGACACGGCGGACGACGAGGCCAUCGCGCGGCUGCUCGCGGCGGAGUACGCGUCGCCGCCGGUGCACGCGCCGCCGCCGCCGGUGCGGGCGGCGGCGAAGCGUGCCGCGGCGAAGGUGGCUCGCUGAUGUUCUGUUCGCCAACCCCGCGUUGGCGCUAAUUUUAUGAUGUUUUGGUAUUUAGUCGUUUGCGUAUUGGCUAGCUAUCGCCACGGCGUCUGCAUUGGCGGGGCGUCUGUAGAGCGUUCGCGUCGCGGCGUGUUUUUUGUGAGUUGAAAUAAUCGGGUUUUUCAAGCCGAGUCAAAGCCGCCGCGCAAACCCAAUAACUCACCGCAAAACGCAAAAUGAUCCUCACAACAUGCGCCGCCUGCGCCUCCCCACUGGCCCACAACGCGCCGCGUUGUGUUAGAUGCAAAACGCGCUACUUAGAGUUUUAAUAGCCAGUUUCUUAAAACGCGCUACUGCAACUCCGCUUGCCAGCAUGACCACUGGCGCCGCGGCCACAAGCAGAUUUGUAAACAGAUUCACCGCGGCGGUAACGCAGAACAAUACUACGCCGACAAAAAAUACAAGGAGGCCGUCGCGGAGGCCGUCGAGGCGUGCGCGGACGACACGAAGGGCCAGACGUGCUACAUCUGCACGCAGGCCCUCCACUUGUUAACGAAGGAAGGCCUCGUGCGCGGGUGCGCGUGUGGAGAUCGCGAAUCUGUUGCUUCGGGAAAUACAGGAAUCGCGCACGUGUCGUGUUUGGCGGAGCAGGCAAAGAUUUUGGUCGCGGAGGCGGAGGAGAAGAAUUUGGACUACAACGCGAUUCAUUCGAAGUUCCGGCGGUGGGACACGUGCAGUCUGUGCGAGCAAGAAUAUCACGGCGCCGUGCGGUGCGCGCUCGGUUGGGCGUGCUGGAAGACGUACCUGGGGCGGCCUGAGACGGACUGGGUUCGGGGAAGUGCGAUGAGGUUUCUUGGGAACGGUUUAUACGAUGCAAAACACCACGAGGACGCGUUGUCCGUGAUGGAGGCCGAGGUUUCUAUGCUGCGGCGCAUUGGCGAUUCAGGAGAAAACGUGCUCAUCGCGCAGGGCAAUCUUUCGUGUACAUAUGAAAAACUUGGACGGAAAAACAGACCCUGUCGAUGCGGCACGACGUAUACUCCGGAAACUUGA